UGUUCACCUGCCAACUGUGCGGCAAGGUACUAUGCAGCAAAGCAUCCCUGAAACGCCACGUUGCCGACAAACACGCCGAACGACAGGAGGAGUACAGAUGCGUCAUCUGCGAGCGGGUAUACUGCUCGCGUAAUUCCCUGAUGACCCAUAUAUAUACCUAUCAUAAGAGCAGGCCCGGCGACAUUGACAUUAAGUUCUUUUGAAGGUUUAGAUAAGGUACGGGCAACGGGAUGCAUCCGGCACCGACGACGCCUCCCACUGUCAUGUACCGAAUGCCACCACCCACGGCGGGUGGCAUAAACGAGCCUCAGGAAUGUCCGUACUGCCGUCGCACGUUUUCAUGCUACUACUCCCUCAAACGCCACUUCCAGGACAAACACGAGCAAUCGGACACGCUGUACGUCUGCGAGUUCUGCAACCGUACGUACCGUACGAAGAACUCACUGACGACGCACAAGAGUCUGCAGCACCGCGGCACCAGCGGUGUGCUGAGGCGGCUCCUAAAGGCCACGGCCAUGAAGAACGUCUUCGGUAGCAUGCAACACCAGAUGCAGAUGCAGCAGCAACCGCAAUGAAAACGUCGGAAAAAUCAAAGUCACCCCGUGCCGGAUCAUCCGCGCCGUCGUCGUCGUCGUCGUCGUCGUCGUCGUCGUCGUCGUCGUCAUCGUCGCCAUCGUCGUCGCGCUGCUAUCGUCGUCGCUUCUCGCGCGAAUCGCUGGAUUGACGUCAUCAGGCACGCAACCCGAGAAUCAAGGCCAGAUUACCAAAGGAGCACGGAAGUGUUCUACUUCGCGUUACUCCCCGGGACGCUCCUGUACUCAAUUUGAACUGCACUCGAGUCGGUUAGCUCAAACCCGUGAUUUAUCAGAUUGCUCUUGAGUCGCGACUUGCAUGAAAGUCGGGAUUAGCACAGGCCGUAGAUUAUUUCUAAGCAAUUUCUCUGGCUACGUUACUACUGAUAAACCAGAACAGGCCCCGGGUGUCAUCGCUGACGAUCGCAGUUAAAUCGUGAUCAUCGAUGCGAUUCGUAUUACGAGCUAGUUGGAUUGAAGUGGAUUAGCAGCAGCCUGGAUUAACGAGAUCUCGUUUCUUCCUCUACGCUAUAUUUAGGUUCGUAAUCCGGAAGAAAAGACUGCAACUCGCUAAAUCGAGAUUAGUAGACCCAGGGGCGAUUUAACUCUUGUUAAAUUGCAGCCAAGUCCACGUAAUUUCAACAAUUAAUUUACUCUUUAUUUACUCGCAUUUGCGGAGCACACAUAAUGUCUAUCGUGAUCAAUUGUCGUGAGAUGUUAAACGGGAAACGGAUUAAAGGGCAGGGAGGAAAGCGGAGAGUACCUAGAAUCCCGGAUUCGGACGUCAGUCAGCGUCCGAUACAAAUUUCGGCAUUUUUCUCCCGGUCUUUCCCCCUCGCCUUUCCCGUCGUCCGCCGAAGGCAAGCGCGAGACUCUUCUAGUUUAGACUCGCCAACGUAGCAUUGUAAUUUUUUCUUCGUCAAGACUGCAAUGAAUCCAAAGAAGGACAAUUUGACUGAGAAGCUUGUAAUUCGACUGAAACGUGAAGGGGAGGGAGAGGAGGCUCGAAUGUUAAAGACUUAGCGCGCGAAGCGAAGACACAUUCCAUUGUCGGCGAUCAGUGAUGCUGGUGACGCCUGAAGUCGACCGAACGAUCGACUGCCCGGCGAAUUUUCGAGCGGAGAAUCUACGCGUGGGGCACGUUGUUUUCGAGGACGACAUUAUCCCGCCGCGAGUUUUUUUUUCUUUUUUUUCUUCUUUUUAGCUAACGUUGUCCAAAAAGCACCCGAGCGGAAAUAUUGGGGAUGGAUGCGAUUAAGACGGGACGUCUGGGGAGGGAACAGUCUUCCGGAAAAUCGUUUCCGAGAUCGAAUUUACGUUGCGGAUGGAACUCUUUUGUAUCGUGCGCGCGCUCUCGAGACGUGUACGCCUAACAGUUUUCACGUGGACGAAAAUUGCUCUUAGCCGUCGGAACGACCGUCGCGUCUCGCGGUCUCGCCCUCGCGAACGGAAUAAUUCGCGAACGAAUUGGGGGGCCGGACAGGGCCGAUUGACGUUGCCGAGAUAACGCGGAGCGACGUUUAAAACGUCGAAUAGGCGAGAAAUCGGGGGAACAGUCGCGAGGAUCGUGAACGAGAUCGGGAAUCUGACGUUUUUCUUUUUUUUUUUUUUAAGACUCACCCGGAUUUCGCGUGCGUGUCACGUACGCGCGUGUGCAUGCCGAAUGCACUUUCACGCGGACGCGCCGAGGCCGUUUAACGCGUGUAUAUAUUUACAUACGCACGUACGUGUAUGCGUGUAUUUAUAUAUAUGUACGCAUCGAUUUCGAACGAGAGGGGGAGGGCCGGAGGGAUAAGGCGAAUCGACGACGUUAGGCCUAAAGGCGAAACGAGGCGCGAAGAUGCACCGACGCCGCGCGUCCAAAACGCGCGAAAGUGACGCCGAGAUCGGUGAAAAGUGAUCGCGGCGUAUCGGCGGCAUAUCGAGGUCGAGACGUGUUGCUAAUCGACUUGGAAUUCGUCGAUUAGCCUAGAAGGGAGGGGACGGGAUUCGUUUUACGAGAUGAGAGAAAGGCAGGAGAGCGUGUAUAGAGACGUGGAGGAGGAGGAGGAGGAGGA